AUGUCGAGCCCCAAUCUCAAGCGAGGUGCCGAUCACCUGGCAGGCCCAGCAGUUGACUCGAAGAAACCAAAGGGCAACGGCAGCAUCACUUCUUUCUUUGGUGCCCCCAAGUCAAAGGCACCGGGGCCGGGGCCAGUGAAGUCACCAGCGGGUGCCGCGGCCUCGCCCGUUUUCAAUAAGCAGAAAUGGGUGGCUACGUUAAGCGCCGAGCAAAAAGAGCUUCUGGAUUUGGAGAUCAACACCAUGCAUGAGAGUUGGCUGGCGCACCUCAAAGACGAGAUAGUUAAGCCUGAGUUCCUGGCGCUGAAACGCUUCCUGCAGAAGGAGAAGCAGUCAGGAACGAAGAUCUUUCCACCUGAAGACGAUAUUUACUCCUGGUCCCGCUAUACGCCUUUACACAAAGUCAAGGUAGUCAUCAUCGGCCAAGACCCAUAUCAUAACCACAACCAAGCACACGGUCUCGCUUUUUCAACUCGUCCCCCAACACCGGCACCCCCGUCUCUGGCCAACAUUUAUCUUGGAAUUAAAAACGAUUAUCCAUCAUUCCAAGUGCCCCCGAACAAAGGCGGACUUCUUACACCAUGGGCAGAGCGUGGAGUGUUGCUUCUUAACACCUGUCUAACUGUUCGAGCACACCAGGCUGCGAGUCAUUCAAACAAGGGUUGGGAGCGAUUGACACAGAAGGCUAUUGACGUUGUUGCCCGUGCUCGGACCCGCGGGGUAGUAUUUCUUGCAUGGGGUACUCCCGCAGGAAAGCGUAUUACUAGCAUCAACCGCGAUAGACAUUGCAUCUUGCAGUCCGUCCAUCCGAGCCCUCUAAGUGCUCAUAGAGGUUUUUUAAAAAACCAACAUUUCAAAAAAUGCAACGAAUGGCUCUCUGAGCGAUACGGUCCCGAUGAAAUCAUCGACUGGAGCUUGGUCCCAAAUAAUGAGACUUCCACGGCUCCUCUUGCAGUCGUUCAAAAUUCCUCUGCUGUAGUCAAUCGCUUAGACCAGGUUGAAAAAGUGACAAAGCCGACAGCGGCGACGACUGAUACCGAGAGAUUGAGCAAGUCCGCCCUUGAAGACAAUGAGUUUGGAGAAGAUCUUGACGCUCUUGAGGCGCUAGCAGCCGCUGAAGAGUCAUCUAAGUUCUGA